AACGUUUGUGUUCUCUGGUUCGUGCCAAUUUCAAAUUAUAUUUUGGUGAGUGGUGUAGCUGUGAGGGAUCAUCCUCCUUUAUCGGAAACUGCUUGGAGACGAUUUUCUUGGAAAUUUACAUCAAAAAUCCAACAGUGUGCGAAUUAUGGGGUAGAUUUCACUUUAGGCAAAAUAAAUCGUGAUUACUAAUGCAUGCACACUUUAGAGCCGAUUUUCUCAGAAAUUUAAUCGGCAUCCUGGGGAAAUUUUAGCUAUUUCCCAAUUUUCACAGAAUAUUUAGGAUAAAAAUUUUCUUUCAGAGUUUUUCACUACUAAUAUCCACAUUAAUAAAAUAAUUUCCCCUCAUGCAGUAAUGUGAGUGUGAGACGUACGCCUGCUUGAGCAAAUUUUUGCAUAAUCCCAAUUCACAUUAUGCACGUGUUAAGAAAUGAAAGUGUUCAUGACGCGAAAAGGAAGUUUGAAGAUGCUCUCGCACAAUGCAUUCAGCAAAAAUUGGACAUUGUGACAUGCGGCAGAUAAAACAAUAGCUCGAAUGCGACAUUAUUUGCGCACGCAAAACCGUUCCGUGAGUGCAUGCGUUGCUCCAAAGAGUGCCGGAGACAAGUCUAAAACUUUUGCUUUUUUGCGUGUCCUCACAAUGGACGCAUUGUUGCAAGGACGUGAGGCGCGACCGGCUGAGUCUUUAAAGUGACUCGCGCCCUCCUCAACGUCUACAGUGCUGUCUCAGACUCCGUUCGCGACUGUCGCGGCUGCCAUACACCAAAAGUGAUGGCGCGGGCUCUUGGACAGAGCGUGUUGGCGGUGGUGCUCGGCUAUUUGGUGGUUGUUGGCGCUACUCAUCAAAAUGACGUGGAGCCGGCACGAGAUGGGAAGCAGAUUGACCUGCAUGGGUCUCCCACAACAAUGAUCGCCAAUAUGGCCAGGGAACUGAUCACCAAGUCGUACUCUAACAGCCAGGUGCUGAGCUUGAACCUGAGCAAUGUGCUCAUCUUGUUGCUGAUCAAGGCAGUGCUUUUCGCAAUCAGCCAGUAUAGUACGGGUGGGCGGCCGUUCGGAGGCCUGCUGGGCCGCUCGGGCCCCUACAUGCCGCCCAUCGACUCGCAGCCGCGCACCCUCGACCGGUCCGACGCGUACGGCGCCGAGCGCGAAACCCUGCUGGUGCUCAGCUACCUGCGAGGGGAGGCCUUCGGCAACUACGAGUGCCUCAACAUGGUGGCCUGCGAGGACCCUGACGGCAAGGCGCCCAGGUACCUCGAGGCUGCGCGCAUGCUGCUCAAGGGGGCAAGGGUUAUAAGCCCAAUUAUGCCGGUGAGUCCACGUUACGAAGGCAUUGUCGAGGGUUUGGAGAAGGCGGUAAAACACGGAGCUGCAGGUGGCAACUGCAACCAUUACAAAUGCGACUUGCAGAAUUAAACGCGCGCAUCAAAAUAUUUAAUUUAUUUUAUAUAAAUGUAUGAGCGUUUUUUGUAUUGACCUUGUACAAUAAAUAAAAAUUAUCGGGCCAUUUUAUAUAAAUUUUA